CUAUAUGUUAAAUAUUACAUAUCGUGUUACUGUUUAAGAGUCGUUUCGACAGGUCAUUUGGCAGUCAGUACCUCUCCGAAUCAGCUUGAAAGGAGUAGGCUACAUCCCACACAACAGCCACACUCCACUCAUCAGUCGCUGAUACUGCCCAGAAUGAAAACGGGAGGCAAAGGGAAUUGUCCGCAUUUUUCCUCUGCCCACCCCUGAGUGUAAGAUUUUGUCUAAAUAGUCAAGUUUUUCUCCUUUAGGACUGAAGAGCUGCUAAUAAUUAUGAAAAGGAGAAUAGGAGAAACAAAGGCUUGGAAGUGUGAACCUAUGACCAAAUGGAAUUCACGUCUAAAACAAUGCGUAAUGUGAACGAAAAUAACGUAUCUGGCCAGUCACUUGCGGAGUGCUGGAUUUACUUCGAGAGGAGAGAGCGCGCAUCAAACUUGCCUUCCUUCUUGAUACACGUGAUAAAUUACAUCUCCGGAGCGGAUCCCUUGACUUGAAUUGUCAGCUUUGCUUUGAGUGUUCAGGCACUCUUUGGAUUACGUCGUAUAACAAGGUCGAUUCGAUGAACCGAUCGAUGUAUAAAAAUUAAUCAAAUUGCGCAGCUUUGAAAUACACUUGGAACUCGUCUGUAUGUAACAAAUCUAGUUAAUUGUAAUACAUUGCUUAACUCGUAAUCAACGGUAAUAAAUUUACUAUAUAUCUUUUUUUCGCUGCCGUCCUUUGAUACUUAGGCAAGAACAAAAUGUUUAGUUUAUGUAGGAUUCAGAGUACUUCACGGACUCACUGCAGAGCCGCUGUAUCUAGAGCAGAUGUAGGACUGAUACAUCUGUCUAGAAAAGGCUCACCUUCCUCGGACAGCUCAAGUGCCUACUUCAGGCUGUGCUUUGCCUUUAUUUUACUCCUACUCCUUUUAACUCCAAGAGUGGACUCUUCUUGGUGGUACAUCGGAGCACUGGGGGUGCGGGUUAUCUGUGACAACAUCCCAGGCCUGGUGAACAAGCAGCGGCAGCUGUGCCAGCAGCAUCCGGACCUGAUGCAGUCGGUGGGCGAGGGCGCUGGCGAGUGGAUCCGCGAGUGUCAGCACCAGUUCCGGCACCACCGCUGGAACUGCAGCACGCUAGACCGCGAUCACAGUGUCUUUGGUCGCAUCAUGCUGCGCAGCAGCCGGGAAGCAGCAUUUGUUUACGCCAUCUCGUCAGCCGGAGUUGUUUACGCAAUUACCCGGGCUUGCAGCCAGGGGGAGCUCAAGAUCUGCAACUGUGACCCUCAUAAGAGGGGCCGGGCCAGGGAUGACAGGGGCAACUUCGACUGGGGUGGCUGCAGCGAUCAUGUCAACUUUGGGAUCAAAUUCGCCAAGGCCUUUGUGGACGCCAGGGAGAAGACAGUCAGGGAUGCCCGUGCCCUGAUGAACCUACACAACAACCGCUGUGGACGAAUGGCUGUGAAGCGGUUUAUGAAGCUAGAGUGCAAGUGCCAUGGGAUCAGCGGCUCGUGUGAACUCCGGACAUGCUGGCUGGCUAUGUCCGACUUCCGGAAGACUGGAGACUACCUCCGGAAGAAAUACAACACGGCCAUCGAGGUCACGAUGAACCAGGACGGCACGGGCUUUGCAGUCCCCAAGAAAGCCCUCAGGAAGGUGACCAAGAGUGAUCUGGUGUAUGUGGAGAGCUCUCCUGACUACUGCCUUAUGGAUAAAGUGGCAGGCUCCUUGGGCACAGCGGGACGCAUCUGCAACAAGUCGUCACACGGGCCGGACGGCUGCGAGAUCAUGUGCUGCGGCCGGGGAUACGACACCAUGCGCGUGUGGCGCAUCACCCAGUGCGAGUGCAAAUUCCGCUGGUGCUGCGCGGUAGAGUGCAAGGACUGCGAGGAAGUGGCCGAUGUUCACUCCUGCAAGGCCCCCAAGCACGCCAACUGGCGGGACCACACCUAAAAACACAUGCUGCCCCCAGUCUCAGGAUUUUCUUCGGGGGGGGGGGCUGAGAGUCUAUUUAGUGUUACCUCCCAUUCCACAUUUUUGUCCGUUCACUUUGCAUGACUUACUCAAAGGGCACUAAAACUAAACUUUUCCUAUUGAAAGGUAGAUGCAUAAGAACCAACUUUAUCUAUUUGCUUUGUAUGUAUUGUAAGGCCAAGGACUGCAUUGUCUGCAGUUACUGUGAACAUUUCGUAUAUUUUUAUGAUUUCUCUGUAGUUGGGGCAUGAGAACAGAAGUACUUCUCCCUUGAUGCUGCAGUGCAAAAUGAUGCACUGCUUUUGAGACAUUUGGAAAACACUUUUGUACCGAAAUAAAUUCCAGCUUCUACUGCAGUAGUGUGGCCAUUAUGUCUCUACAGUACCAGCAUUCAUUGCAUUCUUGGUAUUGUUCUGUCCUGGGUAUACAUAUGUGACCAUGUGACCAUGCUGCUCAAUAGGUGGUCUGUCUGACAGCAGAAUGUGAUUUUCACUGAUGAAGGGAUUCAACUAUAUAAUGCUCUGUGUGCUUGAGCGUGGAUGAAUGGAUGGAUGGAUGGAUGGAUGGAUGGAUGGACUCUGUGUAACAGAACAGAGAUCAAUUCUAUAUUUUUUGCAUUGUUUUAAAGCCAAACCUGAUCAAUGGUACAUAAAUACAUAUAUGAGGUUGAAUGUGUCCAUUAGGAGGGACCAGGGAUCAUCACAGUGAACUGUCCUGCUUCUGAUCACAAGCCUGCCUGUAAAUUUCCUGUAAAUGCUGGCUUUAUUUUAAAUGUGUGUCCAUAUAAAUAUACAGUAUUAAUAUUCACAUUAUUUAUUGAGUUAUUGCUUCCUUGCUUUAGAGAGUCUGACCUGAAAUUGAUGACUUGAAAUGUGGAAGGA